CUCUUCCUCCAGUAAAGCAAUUCUGCUGAGCGCUUUGGAAAUAGCUGACAACACUGGAUAAUGUGCUGAGUGGCACUAUGGGCAGGCGAUACCCAGGGACUCACUAUCGUCAGAGCAAUUCAUAUUUCAAAUAAUAAUCUAUUUCCUGAUCCAUUGCUGAAGCCCAGUGAUCCAUGUCAGAAGUACCUCCAGUUGACUCCGGUGUGGAAACCUUGGCAGGGUUUAUGGCAAGCAACAGCGCGACGGACAUUGUGAAUCGGAACGGUCCUGCCACUCCGCCCAACACGCUCCACCUGCGCUCCUCUCACAACGAGCUGCUGAAUGCCGAAAUCAAGCACACAGAAGUCAAGAACAGCACCCCUCCAAAAUGCAGGAAAAAAUAUGCACUGACUAACAUCCAGACAGCCAUGGGCCUUUCUGAUCCUGCUGCACAGCCCCUGCUGGGCAACAAUUCUUCCAACAUAAAGCUGGUGAAGAAUGGGGAAAACCAGCUUAGGAAAGCAGCGGAGCAGGGGCAGCAGGAUCCUAACAAGAACCUGACCGCUCCUACGACUACCGCAGGCAUCAACGUAACUUCUGAGAAGUUGGAGGGGAAAGAGCCAAACCAGGAGGAUUCCUCAGGCAGCGAAAUACUACCCACACAACGCCGGAGAACCAAGAGCUUCCUAAAUUACUAUGCAGAUCUCGAGACAUCGGCAAGGGACGUUGAGCAGAAUUUGGGGAACAGCCAAGUGGCAGGGGAGGAGAAACUGUCCUCACAGUGCAAUAGCCAGGCAUCCACAGUGAUUGUUAACGGGGACGCCUUGCUUCGGAAACAAAACAAGCCAGCGAGUCCGGAAGACGGACAGGUAGCGACCAUAUCGUCAAGCCCGGAAACAAAAAAGGAUCAUCCUAAAACUGGUGCCAAAACAGACUGUGCGCUACAUAGGAUUCAGAACCUGGCUCCGAGCGACGAAGACUCUAGUUGGACAACGCUGUCUCAGGACAGUGCAUCUCCGAGUUCCCCAGAUGAAACAGAUAUAUGGAGCGAUCACUCAUUUCAGACAGAUCCUGACUUGCCUCCAGGCUGGAAAAAGAUCAGUGACAUAGCGGGCGUCUAUUAUUGGCACAUACCGACAGGAACAACCCAGUGGGAACGUCCCAUAUCCAUACCAACAGAACUUCAAGGCUCAAGAAAAGGCUCCCUUAGUUCGAUCACACCGUCUCCCACUCCAGAAACGGAGAAACAGCCAUGGAGUGAUUUUGCUGUACUGAAUGGGGGAAAGAUUAAUAGUGACAUUUGGAAGGAUCUCCAUGCAGCCACGGUAAAUCCAGACCCCAGUUUGAAAGAGUUUGAAGGAGCAACAUUGCGCUAUGCCUCUUUGAAGCUCAGAAAUGCCCCACAAUGCGAUGAAGAUGAUUCCUGUAGCAUCAACAGUGAUCCAGAAGCCAAGUGCUUUGCAGUUCGUUCUUUGGGAUGGGUAGAAAUGGCAGAGGAAGAUUUGGCUCCUGGGAAAAGCAGCGUUGCUGUGAACAAUUGCAUCCGACAGCUCUCUUAUUGUAAAAACGAUAUACGGGACACAGUUGGCAUAUGGGGAGAGGGAAAGGACAUGUAUCUUAUCCUGGAGAAUGACAUGCUAAAUUUGGUUGACCCCAUGGAUCGCAGUAUUCUUCAUUCACAGCCCAUCGUAAGCAUCCGAGUCUGGGGUGUAGGCCGUGACAAUGGCCGAGAGAGAGACUUUGCCUAUGUAGCAAGAGACCGAGAGACGAGGAUUUUGAAGUGCCACGUGUUUCGAUGUGACACGCCAGCAAAAGCCAUUGCCACAAGCCUGCACGAAAUCUGUUCUAAGAUUAUGGCUGAACGGAAAAAUGCCAAAGCUGUGGCUUGCAGUUCGUUACAAGAGCGGACAAACAUCACCCUAGAUGUUCCCUUGCAAGUAGAUUUCCCAACACCAAAGACUGAGCUGGUCCAGAAGUUCCAUGUACAGUACUUGGGCAUGUUACCUGUAGCUAAGCCAGUGGGUAUGGACACCCUGAAUGCCGCUAUAGAAAGUCUCAUUGACUCCUCCAGCCGAGACGACUGGGUGCCUGUCACCAUGAAUGUUGCUGAUGCUACAGUGACAGUCAUCAGCGAAGGAAAUGAAGAGGAAAUUGUGGUAGAAUGUCGUGUACGGUUCUUGUCUUUUAUGGGAGUGGGCAAAGAUAUCCAUACGUUUGCCUUCAUUAUGGAUACGGGGAACCAGCAUUUUGAGUGCCAUGUUUUCUGGUGUGAGCCCAAUGCAGGCAACGUAUCAGAAGCUGUCCAGGCGGCUUGUAUGCUACGAUACCAGAAGUGCUUGGUAGCCAGACCUCCUUCACAAAAAGUCCGGCCUCCUCCUCCUCCUGCAGACUCGAUGACCAGAAGAGUCACGACUAAUGUAAAACGGGGGAUGUUGUCCCUCAUUGACACUUUGAAACAGAAACGUCCCAUUACAGACACGCCAUAGCAACCCUGCAGGAAAAGAAAUGGUUUCUUAGAAAACAUCUAGCAGAAGAUACAGUAGCCACAUUAAAGAAGAUGAACUGAUUUUUGGCCUUCCAGUUUAAAUUGGUGAUGCUUUGUCUUCAGAGAAUUUACCCUUAUCAAAUAAUAUUAGACAAAAGCAUGUUCUCUCGUUCUUGCCACCAUCAUGUGAUAUGAAAAGAAGCAUGAGUAAUUUUUUUGCUGUGAGGUUUCACACCAUGAAGUGGAAGGUCUGUUUUCCAACUGUGUAAAUAUUAUGAACGUUACUUACCGGUAAAUUCACACAUACACCAGAAAGGAAUGUGGCACAUUGCUCCUCGGAGAGAAUCAUGCCCAAAUUGAUAUUCAUCCCCAUCCUGGUUGGGAUUUGUCACAAGCAGUCCUUGUACCCUGCAGCACUUUGUCCUCAUUUUUAACACUGAAGUACAUACCAAGUAUUAGUUACCAUUGUAUUAUUGUAAUAUGAAUAUUGAGCUACUUUUUUU